GUCACAGACGUAUUUUCCGCCUCGCCAUUUUCCGUCGAUGUUCAGGUGGAAGAAACGAGCGGGACAAACGCCGAUAUUCAUCGCUCCAAAAUACAACAUCUAAUACGAUACAGUCAUGCAUCGUGACUGUCCCCUUGACUGUAAAGUAUAUGUUGGAAACUUGGGCAACAAUGGGAACAAAACAGAAUUAGAGCGAUCUUUUGGCUACUACGGACCUCUGCGCAGUGUCUGGGUAGCGAGGAACCCACCAGGUUUCGCUUUUGUAGAGUUUGAAGAUCCCAGAGAUGCAACCGAUGCCGUGCGUGAGCUUGAUGGAAGGACGCUGUGUGGUUGCCGGGUGCGAGUGGAGCUGUCCAAUGGAGAGAAGCGUAGCCGCAGCCGUGGCGCGCCCUCAUCUUGGGGUCGGCGACCCCGAGAUCGAGAAGACUACAGGCGCCGUAGCCCACCGCCCAGACGCAGAUCUCCACGCAGGCGGAGCUUCAGCCGCAGUCGUAGCAGGUCUUUCUCCAGAGACAGGAGGAGAGAGAGGUCCCUCUCCAGGGACAGGAACCACAAACCUUCACGCUCCUUCUCUCGAUCCAGAAGCCGCUCCAGGUCCAACGAUCGAAAAUAGAGAAAAGUCUGUCAGGUGUAAAGGGAGCAGCAUAGAAACGGUUUUACAGCCUGUGCAGGAUCUGCCGUUUCAUACGAUGGACAAACAACACAUGGCCUUCUGGUCAUAUUUGGGUGUUUCUUCUUUUUUCUUUUAAACAAUCAAGCAUUUUAGUGUCCCCCUCCCCCCUUCCUCCUUUCUUUAGUCAUAGUGAUUUUUCAGCUACAUCGAGUGGGCCUGCACAUGUAUUGCAUCUCACUUGGAGCCACAUCUGUCUACUCAGUCCUGAAAGCGUUGUGCCACCCAGCAUUCCAGUUCACUAGUUACUCUCUCUGGGCUUUGGUUUGUGUUCAUGAAUGUACUGUGUAGUCUGACAUUGUGUGAGUAGUUCCUCAUUUUCAUUGUAUAAAUGCCAGCUUUUUCUUUUUGAAGAAAUGGUUGUGGAGAUGUGAGUCAUUUUCUCCUAUUGAUUGUCUGUAACAAAGCUAAACUGUUCUUCACAAUGAAGGUUUCCAUCCGCUGAUUCCAAAAAAAAAAGGUAAAAUGAGCAAAGUUUUGGACUGAAGUUUUCAUUAUUUGAUUUGAUACUAUGUUAAAUUGUCUCUCAAUAAAAU